AUGUCUUGGGUAAUGUAUAUCGCAAUAGCAGCCUUCUCUUUGUUGGCGCUGGCUUACUACAAGAUCAAGAAGAUGUUUAGGUACUACAAAGACAGGAACAUUCCUUAUGUUGAACCAACGUUCCCUCUAGGAAGUGAGCCACAAGGCAUUUUGUUUAGAAUACACAUCGCUCAUAGUUGGGAUAAAAUAUAUAAACAACUGGAAGGCAAACCUCUAGGCGGUUUUUUCCAGACUGUUCUUCCUUUUCUCAUGGUACGUGAUCCGGAGUACGUACACCAAGUACUCAUUUCCUCGUUUGACCACUUCUUCGACAGGAACUUCGAGAUUGAUGAGGAAGUCAAUCCACUUGACGCUCAUCUAUUCUUCUUGAGAGGAAACAGAUGGCGGUACCUCAGGAAUAAAUUGAGCCCCAUCUUUAGCGGUGGUAAACUCCGGUGGAUGUUUGAAGAAAUGGAGAAAUGUGGAGAUGUCUUUGCUGAAUGCUUCGAUAAACUGGCAGAUGGAAAGGACCGAGACGUUCUAGAGGAGCUUGCACGAUAUGCUACAGAUGUCAUAGGAUCUUGUGCCUUUGGACUCGAAGGUGACAGCUUAACAAACCCCGACUCAAAACUUAGACAAAUGGGUAAAGACCUGUUUGACACAACGUCCAUUAAUUGGUCCCAGAUAUCAUUCCUUCUGAAAUUUUCAGUUCCUCGCCUACUGCUAUGGCUAAAAGUACGAUCUUUACCUUCCGGUAUCGAGAAGUACUUCUGUUCAACCGUAAGUAAUGUUUUAGAGCAUAGGAGGAAAACUGGAAUAAAACGAAGAGAUUUCGUCCAACUUCUACUACAGUUAAAGGAAAAGGAAGUUGUGGAAAUCGAUGUUAACGACUUGGAUGAGGAAGAAAAUGAAAUUCAGGAAAAUAAUGAGAUUGAAAAAAUCGAAAUCACAGAUCGUCUGCUCAUGGCUCAGUCAUUUGUUUUCUUUGUGGGUGGUUUCGAAACAACAUCCAGGACCUUACAUUACCUCAUUUAUCAAUUAGCACAACAUCCAGAAAUCCAAGAAAGAGCUAGGCAAGAAGUGCUGAGGAUUAAAGAAAAGCAUAGCCAAUUUUCUUACGAUGCUCUCAAAGACUUGAAGUUCUUGGAUAACUGUAUUUCAGAAACUUUGCGUUUGAAUCCACCAGUUUCGAUGUUGAAUCGUGAGUGCACCAAUGACUUCACAUUCCCAGACGGUACUUCCAUUGAAAAAGGAGAACAAAUAGUGAUACCAAUCUAUUCUAUUCAUCGAGAUCCAAAAUACUUUCCUGAACCUACGAAGUUCAAUCCUGACCGAUUUUUAUCAGAUCCUCAACGUGGGACUUACUUACCUUUUGGCGAUGGACCUAGAAUUUGUAUAGGAAAAAGAUUUGCUUUAGUUGAAAUUAAAAUUGUAAUGGCAAGAUUGUUAGAAAGGUACAAUUUUGAACCAAGCUCAUUAAGUAAGGAACCAAUUGAACUAAAUCCAUGGACAAAUAUUAUUUGUCCUAAAAAUGGAUUAUAUGUAAAAAUUCAGAAGCUAAAUGGUUGUAAAUAA